AUGACUUUCCAGAAUCGCACCCCCGAGUCACUCGUACAGAGGUCGGACUCGAAGAACCCGGCAACAACAUGUCGAGGCAUAACAUCUGGUGGAAAGCCAUGUAGAAGGUCACUUGCCUCCUCGCCUAAGUCAUCACCUAAAUCUUCACCUACUGCUGCUCGCCACUCUGCCUCAAGAGGUGUGGUCGCCGUUCUUGAAGACGACCAAGGAAAUCUGGACGCGGCUGCAUUUUACUGCUGGCAGCACAAGGAUCAGGCCCACUCGUUUGCACAACAAAAUUCGACUUCGCCGCAUGCUGCGAAUACGAAGCUGUUCCCCGUGCAGGAGCGAACUAGCAUUGACAGCUUAGUCGCCAGGUUGGGAGUAGCAUCUAUCCAGGAUCUGCCAAAACCCGGAAGAGAUCCUCGCGAGGAUAGGAGACGACCAGCGCAAUACAUACAGCAAAACUCAAAGCCAGAUGUACGUCCUACGACUAAACCGGAGGCUUACCAGAGGCCAAAGCCAAGACGAGGUUUCUGGGCAUCAUUGUGCUGUGCAGGCAUGGCAGACGACGACGAAGAUGCCAUACGUCCAAGCUAUCACAGACCACAGCCGGAGACGACACAAGUGUCCAGCCCUCCGACACCAGCACAUCCCCAGACAACUCAAUCUCGCCCUACACCCUACAAGCAAAACAACACUCAAUUUCUGCGAUCAAACCCCCUCCCCCACUCGGCAUCAUCAACCGGUCUACCAUCUCGAAAGCCCCUUUUGGAUGUCCCUGCCACAGCACUUAACAAGCGCCGAGCAGCCUCGGCACCACCAAGCACAACAGACCUCCUUCCCUUCAUCCCCGGCCACCUCCCACCCCAGACAACAUCUCUCCUCCUAACCGAGCUCUCGAAACCAAUCUCUCCCCACGACGAGGCAGGCUACAUUUACAUUUUCUGGCUCACAGAGACCGAUUCCUCUACGCCUUCCAACGACACUGCUGCUUCGUUACUUUCAGCUCCAAAGCAAUCAAGACAUCCCAGUGAUGUAAUGAAUGCAUACUAUUUUGCAAACCACAGCACCACCACCCGCACGAUAAGACUGAAAAUCGGACGAGCAAACAACGUCCACCGUCGUAUGAAUGAGUGGAACAGGCAAUGCGGCUAUAACCUCAGUCUUGUGCGCUUCUACCCCUACAUCUCCUCUUCCUCUUCCCCAUCACCCUCCCCUACACGUCCAACAUCAGCAAAACGACACACUUCCGAUCAACAGGUCCAUAAAGUUCCUCACGCACACAGGGUUGAAAGACUGGUUCAUUUGGAGCUAGGGGAUAAGAGGAUCAAAAGGGGUUGUGGGGCUUGUGGCAGGGAACACAAGGAAUGGUUUGAGAUUAAAGCUACGGCUGAGGGGGUCGCUGCUGUGGAUGAGGUUGUGAGAAGGUGGGUCAGAUGGGCGGAGGCUAAUCCGUAG